CUAAGCCUUUGAAUACUAUUACUUGUAUAUUUUUUUUCAUGUCAUCAUCUAAGCUUUUGAAUUAUUGCUCUGACAAUUCUGUUUAUUAACACUAUAUGUCACAAAGUUGUAAGUGCUAGUAUAAGUCUUAUUCCAUCUCCACGCCUAAGUCAGUCCGUCUGUCCUAUAUAGAUAUUAUAAAUAGUAUGUGUGACAAUUAAUUAUGAACAAAGGGAGCAGAAUAUUAGAAAGAAACACUUUCUGAUAGUGGGAAGGAGAGAGGACAAUAUCUCUUGGCUUUAGGCCAAUGGUGUCAAUCACCCCGCCAUGCACUGACAUAUCUUUCCAAAGAAACAUAAGUACUUCGUACUUCCUUUGUUUCCUUAAAAUUUCAGCAGUGUGAGGUGAACAAGAAGACCUUAAAACAAGCAAGAUUACUUUAAGUUUAGGUUAUGUUUAGCUAUCAAGUCAUCGACGUAAUUACCUUAAUAAUUCAUGCAAGAUUUAUAUAACAGCCUACAACCAACCUAGAGAGAAAAAAAAAAAAAAAAAAAAAAAAAGACACUAACCAAAAGUAUGCAAAAUUUUAAAUAACAUCCCACAGCUAACCAGCAAACAAUUUGGUAACGUCCGGAGUUUUGUCUAUUUGAUUUUAUCCGAGCAUGACUCGAGCACUAUCUAGUAAUGUAUAAACUUCGGGUGACCUCUCUGGCUCUCACUAGCCAAAGACACUGAAUCACAUAUACAGGGGUAAUGAGCUUAUGGGCUGAGACACCUAAUUCCUAUCCCAUUUUGUUCCCCUCUCCCUUAUCCUUGAGUCUCAAGUGAUGAGAUAAGUGACCACCGAGUCAUUUUUUGUCUUCUUGAUAUAACAGGUCCAGCUUCUUGUCUUAUAUGCAAGAUUUCGACUGCAACAUUAGAAUCUUAGUACAGUUACUAUGUCCUUAGUUUGUUUUUGAGGGAGGACUGAAGAUUACUUCUCAUAUUAAGCCUAAGGUGGCGGUUCCCUCUACCAUAGUGCAAUAUCUCUUAGCACUAGAUCAGUGAAGUGUACAAAAAAGAGGAAAAUGUGUUAUCCUACACUUAUUUACAAUUUAAAUAUUCAUGGCAGCAGGUUAGUUUGAUGCUCAUAACAAGCUUCAACUGUGGAUGGAUACUAAGCUUUUCAAACCUUAUGUUGGUGCCCCUGGGUUGGGUAUGGGGUAUUGUCUGCUUAGUUCUUGUUGGGUUCUUCAGUUGCUACUCAAGCUGUGUAUUAGCAGGCUUUCACUUCAUCCAAGGUCAGAGAUUCAUCAGAUACAGAGACGUCAUGGGGUAUCUAUUUGGAAAGAAAUUGUACUAUGUAACAUAUAUGCUCCAAUUUUCAACCUUUAUUUUAUCAAAUAUGGGUUUCAUCCUUCUAGGAGGCAGAGCACUGAAGGAGAUAAAUCUGGUGUUCAGUGAGACAGCCUUGAGGCUCCAGUAUUACAUCAUUAUCACAGGAGUAGUAUACUGCAUAUUUGCUUUUGUCGUCCCAAACAUGUCUGCCAUGAGAGUGUGGGUAGGAGCUUCUACAUUUCUCACCUUCGGUUUUAUUGGAGUUCUUCUUGCGGUAUCAGCAAAAGAUGGAAAUUCUAACAGACACAGAAACUAUGAAGUUAGGGGUAGCACAGUGGGUAAGGUGUUUAAUGCCUUAGGUGCAGUAUCAGCCAUGAUCGUAAGCAACAAUUCAGGGAUGGUACCAGAAAUACAGUCAACUCUCCAGAAGCCAGUUGUCAGGAACAUGAGAAUUGCCUUGUGUACACAAUAUACUGUUGGCCUCAUGGUAUAUUAUGGUGUUAGUAUCUACGGAUAUUGGCUUUAUGGUUCAGAUGUUCCAGAUUAUCUCCCUAUGGCACUAAGCGGCCCAAAAUGGGCGAAGAUCCUGAUCAACUUAGCGGUCUUUCUACAAAAUGUCAUCUCUCAACAUAUGUUCUUCCAACCAGUUCAUGAGGCGCUAGAUACCAAGUUUCUGAAAGUUGACGAGAGUACAUACUCAAGAAGAAAUAUAAAAAGGCGAAUUUUGCUACGGGUACUUGUAUUUACAGGCAAUACUUUGGUGACAGCGGCCAUACCUUUCAUGGGAGAUUUCAUGAACCUCUUGGGAUCAUUUACACUUGUUACAUUAACUUUUAUCUUUCCAAGCAUGAUCUACAUCAAGGUUAAGGGGAAGACUGCUAGGACUGGGAUGAAGGCAUGGCAUUGGAUUCUCAUCAUUGUAUUUUCCAUACUAGCAGUGGCAACUACAAUCUCAGCAGUCAGAUUAAUCAUCAAUAAUGUUAGAAACUAUGAAUUAUUUGCCAAUCAAUAAUAUUGAAGUACAUACAGGCAGCAAUAGGCUCUAAUCAAGGUCAUUAGUGUUCCUAACAGUAGCUUCUACAGCAGUGCUCCAAAAUAAAAGUGCAAGAAUACCCCUGGCUGCAUUGCUGGGGAAUUGUUAAGCAAAAUGUGACACAACCAGCACUCCUUAAAUUAGAAUAUUAUAUAACUAUGGAUUUGCAAAGCAAAGCAGAUGAAGGUUUUAUUAACAAAAGAUAUAAAAGAAAAGGGCCAAAAAAAAUUGCAACUGCUAUGGGCAAGGACAUGCUGGGGGAGUUUAGACAUCAUCUUUACAGAGGUAACUCUCCGGGGAAAAAGAAAUUUUCUGGGAAAAAGUUACCUUUCUUCAAGUGUUGGACUCGAAAGAUGGCAGGACUGUCAGACGGAAACAGAGAAACUGUCCAAGGAGAACGUCGAAUAAGCAAUGUCGGUGAACAAGCGAGGGAGCAGGAAAAGUUGAAAAACAGUGGAGACCAAUUUAGCCAUGCAUACAACAGAAAGGAAUGAAUGGGCAUGCAAAUGGAGUUAGGGUGGGGAGUAGUAGCUCCCAACCCAGUUUCUUUCCCCUGAGAUAGAGGUUCAACUACUACCAAGAGCAUGUGGAGAUUACAGCUUCCCUCCAUUCACUCUCCUUUAUACCUAAAACAUAACCAAGUAGAUAGAGAUUAAAUGAAUUGCAUGUGUAAAUUUCCCAGAUUAAGGUCUUAGAAGAUAAAAUCAAUUCCUGUAAUUAUAGACCAUCAAGUGUAUCCAACCUUUUCACAUUGGUAAAGCAGUAAUUCAAACUA